AUGGCUGCAAACCCAAACAUCACCAUGACACAAGUACUCAGCCUCUUUCCACACGCCUCAGACAUUACUCCAGAAGAAUCUGCAAAAUUCGAACAAGAAGUUCAACUGGAGAUGGACCGUCGCGGCAACUUCCACGGCAAUCAUGGCAACGAUGUCUGCUGUCAACGACGGCAGUCCGUACCAGAGGUAGCAGAAGAAGAACUCGAACGACGCUUGCUAUGGGCCAAGAAGAUGAUUUCUCAAAAUCCUGCUUUGUGUGCCAGGUCUUGUCAAUUGCCUGGUUUGCAGGAAGAACCUCAAUGA